AUGUCAGGAUACGAUAAAGUCAAAUCUCAGCAAAAGAGCGCCGAGGAACACUACCAAAACACGGUUGCAAGGAUCCAACAAAUCCAAUCACAAUUCAAUGACUCUCCCGGCAGUGGAAAACUCAAAGGAAAGGUCGCUGUGGUCACCGGCGUUGGCUCUCUGAAGGGCAUUGGUCGCGCCGCGGCCAUUCUAUUCGCGCGAGAGGGUGCCACCCAUCUGUACCUUAUUGAUUACGAUGGCACGAACCUCCCAAACCUGAAGUCCACCAUCGAGUCCAAGUACCCGCAAGUGAAGGUCACAACGAUACAGGCGGAUGCGGCAAACGAAGCCGCCAUCUCCGGCGUCUGCGAACUAGCCCUGAAGGAAGCGGGCAGAUUGGACGUCUUCUUUGCCAAUGCUGGACUCGCCUCCAUGGACCCCCUUCAUGACACGACUGUUGAAACUUUCAUGAACAUCAUGAGAGUUAACGCUCUUUCUUGCUUCCUCGCUGUGAAACACGCAUCGACCGCCAUGAUGAAGACGAACUCUUCUCGGGGCAAGGAUAAAUCAGGUGGAAGCAUUAUCCUCACCGCAUCCACCGCUGGUAUCCGAUCAGGAGCAGGGACUGUCGAUUACAGCGCCGCAAAAGCCGCCGUGAACUCAAUAGCCAAGACCUCCGCAUACCAACUGCAGAAGACUGACAUUCGUGUCAACACCAUCUGCCCUGGCCUAAUCGAGACUGGAAUGACUGGCGCAACCUUCGACUACGCCAGGAAACGCGGUACCGCUGGUAAGAUCGGCCAGCUAAAUCCUCUGGGGCGAUAUGGUGUCGCUGAAGAAAUUGCGAAUGCUGCUCUGUUCCUUGCAUCUGACGACUCGAGCUAUGUUAACGGCCAGAAUAUUGCGGUGGAUGGAGGUUUGUCGGCCUCUCACCCCGUCGUCCCCGGUCGCUGGGCAUGA